AUGGCAAUCGAUGCGCUUAACAUCAUGAAUCCAACUUCUUCCCUUGAAAGCCUUCCAACCGAGGUUCUACAAUCUAUUUGUGCCCAGUUCUGCCGCCACUGUCGAGGCGACACUCUUAUUGCUCACCCAAAGAAACCAUGGACAUAUGAAACUGCCUCAGAUUUUAAUAUCACUUCAGUCCCGGCUAAACCAUCCCAAGACCUCUGUUCUCUGAGCCGUGUGUCGCGUCGGCUCCGGGAUGUCGCCCAACCUGUCUUGUAUCACGAAUUCCCUAAAUUCGAGCACCGUGAGAGGGGCCUAGAGCUCUUCCUUCAAACCGUUACGUCCCGACAAGACUUGGCUAGGACAGUCAAAGUUAUGGCUUGGAAUGCAGACUUCGCAGACGAUCUGGAUCUCGCCUUGGCCCAGAAGGGCUACCAGCAGGGAUUUGAAGUUCUGGGUGUCGACCUGAAUCACGUGUGGCGUGGGAGAAGCGACGAUCCUCUUGAGCUGGAACAUUACAAAGCGUUGCACACAUUCCUAUCUGGGGAAUAA